UUCCAUUGGGUCGCUGGCGAUUAAAGACAGCUCCCACGUUGCCCCCGGUGGGCGCGAACAGCCUUUUGCAAGACUUUGAUCGGCUGCGCGAUGCCGACUGGCGAGUCGUGCGUGCUGUGUCAAAUGUCGCCCGCUGUUCGGCGGCGCCAGCGGGCGAUUAAGCUCAUUUGCAUAGUGGUUAUCACCAUGACAUCAGAGUCAGCCAAUUCGCGCCGCCCAGAGACCACUCGUGGCUGUUGCUGCUGUCGCCACAGGCUAUCUCCGGCCCCAGAGAACCCAGGUCUGGGGGGAACUUCUGCAUGUCUUGGUCAGAUCAGUGCAGCAAUAGUCUGAACAUGCCAUGGCAAUGAGAGAAUUCCGUCAUCAUCUUUUGGUGUUUGGGCUCUCGCCGUGUCCAGCGAAGUCCGUGGCCGGAUGCAGGCAAGGGUUACGGCCCGGGGCAACUUGGAGGCUCAGGGAUGGGGCUCUAUUUCCGGUGGGUGUGUGCUAUUGCCGAUGGAGGACGGCAAGCUAGCGUGCAAUUGCAGAUCAGGGUUUUUCUCUUCUGGGUGGGUGUUGUGGUG